GUAAAAUAUGAUAUAUCGUGUUUCUACUGUACAACAACGAAACGCAACGACGCCAUUUUGUUUUAUGCGUCGUGUGUCUGGAAAUGUCAGUCAUCGUUUGUUGCUCUUGCAGUCGAGAUCGUUUUACGUACUCCUGUCUGACUACAUUUGUAUGACUACCAUGGCGUCUCCGAAGCCCCAGUCUUCGAGUUCCGCUGAAUCGCCUGAAAAGUUGAGUGAAGUGCAAGUGUUGGACUCUGUUGAGCCGCUUGUUACGGCCUCCUUUUCAGUGCAUUUGUGUAGUGCGCAAGUGAUGGACUCUAGUGAGCUGCUUGUGCCUACUUCGCCUGGUGGUCCUAGUGGGAUGGCUGGUCCUAGUGGGAUGGCUGGUCCUAGUGGGAUCGCUGGUCCUAGUGGGAUGGCAGAUCUCGUCAUGCCAGUUUCCACAUCACCUGAAGACUUGCAUGAGCCAGCAACCCCUUCUGGUUCAUCGGGAAGGCGAGUCCAUUAUUACUCGGAAGAGUUGAGGUCGAUGUGGAACUGGAAAAAAAUCUUCACAAGACUUGGGACGGUACAGCAGUGUAUCCAGUUUGCUGAAGAGAGAGGAUUUAUUCCUAAGCAGAAAAUGUGUCAUAUACACCACAGGCCAAUGACGCUGUCUACCGAAACCCAAUUUGGCAGAUUCCGCUGCAGAAAGAGCAACUGCAGGAACAGGAGUGUUAGCCGGGUACAAGGUACCUGGUUUGAAAAUGUGAGGUUAUGCAUCACAUUAGCAUUUCAAAUAAUGUAUGCUUUUAGCGAGGGCUUGUCUUAUAUGCAAGUACAAAAACAACUUGCAACCGAAGAUGAGCCUGUGAUUUCCAUGAAAACCGUGGCGGACUGGUACAGCUAUUGCCGAGAAACAAUUGUUAUUUAUGAGCUGGAAAAUAACCAAGCAAGUGAGAAAAUAGGAGGACCCGGAAAAAUAGUACAAAUAGAUGAAUCCAAAUUUGGCAAAAGAAAAUAUAACCGUGGUCGACAGAUCGAAGGUCAUUGGGUGAUAGGGAUGAUCCAAGAUGGGAGCGAUGAUCUUCGGCUGGAAGUGUGUCCUGACAAUGAGAGGUCUGCGGAAAUAUUGGUGCCACUCAUCAAGAAGCAUGUUCAGGAAGGUUCUAUCAUCCAUACUGAUUAUUGGAGAGCUUACUUGAGCCUUCCUGAGCAUGGAUAUACACAUAAGAGGGUGAAUCACAGUGAUCCCACAAACAAAUUUGUAGCACCAGAUGGGACACACACGCAGCGCAUUGAGAGCCAGUGGAGGGGAUUGAAAAAACAAUUCAGGCAGGAACAAAAUAAAGCAGACUUCACGGAUUGGCUGUGCGAAUACCUAUGGCGGCGAAAAAUAAGGGUCAACCAUACCGAUCCAUUCGAAGAACUAUUAAAGGCAAUUAAAUAUGUGUAUGUGGACAAUACAAAUUAAUAAAAAUGAUUGUCAACUAAAUUAUUUUGUUUUAUUUAGUUUGCCAAAGUCCUGUAGGUCACGUGAUAGGUUAGAAA